GACUAGUCGUAGUGAGAAGUUCGAUCUUUUUUCGCGUCUUAUGACAUCAGCCGUUUUCGUGUUGCCGUUUUUUGUUGUUGUGCGUUGUUUAAGUUUCUCUCGCGUUCGUCCUUUUUUAUUGGGGUUCCUUCCAGCAGCUGUAGUUUUUGUGGUCAUCCUUCGUUUGAAAUUGGUUGUUGUUUAUCAACAAUUUGCCGGGGAAAGUGAUUUGUGGAAUAGUGUUAAACUCCUCUAGUGGAAAGUGCCCUCAUAGGUCAAAGUUCGACAGUUGUAAACAUGUUCUCAACAUUGGGUUCCUACAUCUGGGGAGGAGAUUCGGAGCAAGUUGGGAGCCCGCUAGACGAAAUAAAGUUUACUAUCAACGGCAAGCCGUAUACCGUAAACUGCAAGACCGUUCCGGUGGACACGUCGCUAAACACCUUCAUCCGGAGUCAUGCCCAUCUUACCGGGACCAAAUUUAUGUGCUUGGAGGGGGGAUGUGGGGCCUGUAUCGUUAACGUUAAUGGCACCCAUCCGGUCACCAAGAUGAAAACUUCGUGGGCAGUUAAUUCGUGCCUAUUUCCGGUAUUUGCCUGCCACGGCAUGGACAUCCUCACGGUGGAAGGUAUCGGCAAUAAAAAGGCCGGAUAUCAUCCGGCCCAGAAGGUGCUGGCCCACUUCAACGGAACCCAGUGCGGAUACUGUUCCCCGGGGAUGGUCAUGAACAUGUACAGCCUGAUGGAGUCCAAGAAGGGUCAGGUUUCAAUGGAAGAGAUAGAAAAUAGUUUCGGUGGAAACAUCUGCCGUUGCACUGGAUAUCGUCCGAUUUUGGAUGCAUUUAAGUCGUUGGCCGUUAAUGCGGAUGAUAGACUGGUGGAAGCCUGCAAAGAUAUUGAGGAUCUCAAUAAAAUUUGCCCCAAGACUGGAAAUGCUUGCGCUGGCAAGUGUUCGGUAGCUGAGGAUGCUUCGAAAGUUAAGAGACCAGUGAAUAUGGUGUUUGAAGAUGGCACCGAAUGGCACAAAGUAUACUCUAUAAAUGAUAUUUUCGCCAUCCUGGAUAAAAUUGGGGAGAAACCGUACAUGCUGGUUGCCGGAAAUACCGCUCAUGGAGUUUAUCGACGAAGCGAUGAUCUGCAAGUUUUCAUCGACGUCAACUCGGUCGAUGAGCUCCAUAGUCAUUCCCUUGGUGAUGAACUGGUCAUUGGGGCAAAUGUAUCGCUUACCGAAUAUAUGGAAAUUUUAACCAAUGCAGCGGAAAAGAACGAUAAAUUUGGGUACUGCAAAGAGAUAAUGAAACACGUUGACUUAAUUGCCAAUGUUCCGGUCAGGAAUUCUGGAACGAUUGCUGGGAAUUUAAGUAUCAAGAACCAACAUCAUGAAUUUCCAUCGGAUAACUAUCUGCUGCUCGAAGCCAUUGGCGCUACACUUACUAUCGUCGAAAGCGGUGGUAAAACAUCAAGCGUGGCUCCCAAAGACUACGUCAUGAUGGACAUGACCAAGAAACUGAUAAAAAAUGUCAUCCUCCCUGCUCUGGAUCCUGCGUCGUUCCUGUUUAAAUCGUUCAAAAUUAUGCCCAGGGCUCAGAACGCUCAUGCUUACGUGAAUGGUGCUUUCUUGGUUAAAAUGAAUGCUGCCAUGAACAGCGUUGAAUCGGCUAGGAUUUGUUUUGGAGGCAUCAAUCCAAAUUUCACCCACGCAGAAGCAACGGAAAAGUUACUAGUCGGGAAGAAUCUAUUCGACAACGCAACCCUUCAAGCUGCCUUCAGUUCCCUUAAGGAUGAGGUUGAUCCAGACUGGGUGCUCCCAGAUGCUUCCGAUAAAUACCGCAAAAAUCUCGCCAUAUCAUUGUUCUAUAAGUUCGUCCUUAGUGUUGCCCCUAGCGGAAAGAUUACUCUGAAACCGGAGUAUGAAUCCGGUGGCACUGUUUUGACGCGUCCACUAUCUUCCGGAAAGCAAUCGUUUGAUACCGUUGAGAAAAAUUGGCCCCUUACCAAGAACAUUCCGAAGAUAGAAGCUCAAGCUCAGACGGCUGGUGAGGCUAAAUUCUCGAAUGAUCUUGCCCCACAACCGGGAGAGCUGUACGGAGCAUUUGUCCUAGCAACGGAAAUCAAUUCCAAAAUUGCUCAAAUAGAUCCUUCAGAUGCUUUGAAACUCCCUGGAGUGAUUGCAUUCUUCUCGGCGAAAGACAUCCCUGGCAACAACAACUUCAUGCCCGCGGGACUCGGUAAUCUUGAGGUGGAGGAAAUUUUUUGCAGCGAAGAGGUCAAAUUCCACAGUCAAUUUGCCGGUUUGAUUGUGGCCGAAACGUUCAACCAGGCACAGAGAGCUGCCAAAGCUGUUCGGAUAACAUACGAGAAAAUCAACAACAAACCGAUCUAUGCUACGUUGAAGGCUGUGAUGGACGUCGAUGCACAGGAUCGCUUCUUCGACGCACAAUCCAGCAAACGAGGCAAGGGCUAUCGAGUGAAGACCGAAGUCUGUGAUAGCAAGCAGGUGAAAGGGCGUUUUGAGAUCGGGAAUCAGUAUCACUAUACGAUGGAAGCACAGACGUGUGUCUGCGUUCCGAUCGAGGAUGGUAUGGAUGUGUAUUCGUCCACUCAGUGGAUGGAUCUUACGCAGCUGGCAAUUGCGGAAUGUCUGAAGGUUCCAGUGAAUAGUUUGAAUCUGUAUGUGCGACGUUUGGGAGGCGCUUAUGGGUGUAAAAUAUCCCGAGCGUCUCAAAUAGCUUGCGCUUGCGCCCUGGCUGCUCAUCUGCUGCAGCGUCCGGUAAGAUUGGUUCUGACCAUUGAGCACAAUAUGUCAUCGAUUGGGAAGCGAUUCGGUUGUAUAAGCGAUUACAGCGCCGAUGUCGACAAAACGGGUCACAUCGAGAAGCUGACCAAUAAUUUCGUGCAAGACUACGGAAUCACGAUGAACGAAUCAGUGCAAAUGGCUGCGACCGAGUUCUUCAAGAACUGCUACGAUAACAAAAAUUGGAAGAUUGUCGGGAAAGCUGUUAAAACAGAUGCACCCAGCAAUACGUGGUGUAGAGCACCGGGAACGACUGAAGGAGUUGCCAUGAUUGAAAACAUCAUGGAACAUAUAGCGCAUGAAAUGGGAUUGGACCCAAUAGAUGUCCGCAUGGCUAACAUGGCCAGUGAUAAUAAAAUCAAACAGUUGAUGCCGACUUUCCUGAAGGAUGUCGAGUACAACGACCGUAAGCGUGCUAUCGAUGACUUCAACGCCAAGAACCGCUGGAAGAAGCGAGGAAUUGCUAUCGUUCCUCUUCAGUACUGGUUGGAAUAUUUUGGUCAGCUCAACUGUAUCGUUUCUGUAUUUGGAGGAGAUGGAACAGUUUCUGUGACCCACGGUGGCAUCGAAAUGGGUCAAGGUAUGAACACUAAAGUCGCUCAAACGGUUGCUUUCAGUCUUGGAAUCCCCCUGGAAAUGGUCAGCAUCAAACCAUCCGCUACCAAUACUUCUCCGAAUGCUAUUGUCACUGGUGGCAGUAUGACUAGCGAAGCCGUUUGUUACGCCGCCAAAAAGGCAUGCGACAUGCUUCAGGAACGCCUUAGUCCGGUUCGCAAGGAGAACGCUCAAGCCGAUUGGCCGACCAUCGCCAAACUAGCAUACGUUCGAAACAUAGAUCUGUGUGCCGAGGCUCAGUGGCGGGUUGACGACGUCAAAGGGUACUACAUCUACGGGCUUAGCUGUGCCGAGAUCGAGGUCGAUAUUCUCACCGGGAACGUCCAGGUCAAGCGGGUCGACAUUCUUGAAGACACCGGAGAGAGUCUUAGCCCCGGAAUCGAUGUUGGGCAAAUCGAGGGAGCCUUCGUAAUGGGAAUCGGCUACUUUUUAACGGAAGCCCUGGUCACCGAUAGCAGAACCGGUGAGCUGGUUACCAAUCGUACCUGGACCUACAAACCGCCUGGCGCUAAGGACAUUCCGAUUGAUUUCCGUGUGAGUUUCCUCAGAAAUAGUUCCAAUCCGGUUGGGGUCCUUCGAUCGAAGGCCACCGGGGAGCCAGCAUUGAACAUGACAAUCGUGGUGAUCUUUGCCCUCCGGUAUGCUCUCAACGCCGCUCGAAAAGAUGCUGGGCUUCCGAACGAAUGGAUUCCGUUUGGUUCGGCGACGACUCCGGAUUUGGUUUUCCAGUUGGCCGGAAACAAUGUUGAGCAGUAUAUGCUGAACUAAGUUUUUUAGAUUAGUAUGAUAUUUAUGGUGCUGGAAUCGAAAUAUAUUCAUCCUUUCAUAAUUUA